GUUGAAGGAAAUGUGAUCAUGCCUCUGGGAGUUAUGUAAGGGAAACUUUGUAUAAUAAGUCUGUGAUUUGCAGGAAGCCCCGUAUGACAGAGAAAGACCGUGUGAGGACGGGUUGAAAUGUAGAAAGACCGUUUUGUUUACAUUCAGCAGGCUCAGAUUAAAUCUAAGGAAAGGGGGAAGAACGCGUGCGAGACCGAACGCAAGCAGCCGAGCAGAAGCGAGGACAAAGCCUGUGUUGUAAGGAGCUCUGAAACAAAGCCCGGUCCAGACGCCGUGCUCAUCUGAGCAGCAGCAAGCGGAGAGCAGCGCCGGGCCGAAAGGCAAUCAGAGGAAAACACAUAACACAGAGACGUGGACUGCUGAGGAGCCCUCAGACCACAGGGAAAGAGACUACAGAGAGAACUAUCAACUGUUCAUACUGACAGAGGACCAGGCAGACGACCAGGCAGACGACCAGGCAGACGACUCUCACCAGAGUUUCUCUGUGGUCUCCCUCAAGUCUAGAUCUCCUGCUCUCGUCCCUGACCCCCUGUAGUCCUCCUGCGGUCCCCCUCCUGGUGCGAGGCAUGGCGGAGGAGAAGGAGCUCUCGUACUCCGAGGCUAUAGAGAAGGCAGGCAGUGCCAUCCACAGGUUCAGGCUUAUCGAGGUGAAGGGAAUCCCUCUCAUGGAGCACAUCGCCAACAGCUGGGACCCCAUCUGGGCCUUCCAGCCAGACCCCUCGGACCUUCUCAUCGCCACCUACCCCAAAGCAGGAACCACCUGGACGCAGGAGAUCGUGGACUUGUUGCUUCAUGAUGGAGACGCUGAGGUCUGCAGGAGAGCACCUACAGCCGUGCGCAUUCCCUUCCUGGAGAUUGUCUCUCCUCCACCCAUCCCAUCAGGCCUGGACCAGCUCAGCAAGAUGGCUCCUCCCAGAGUCAUCAAGACCCACCUGCCCUUCCAGCUGGUGCCUGAGGGAUUCUGGGAAAACAAAUGCAAGGCUAUCUACGUAGCGAGGAACGCCAAGGACAACCUGGUCAGCUACUACCACUUCGACCGUAUGAACCUCACCCAGCCCGAGCCUGGACCUUGGGAUGGAUACCUGCACAAGUUCAUGAGAGGAGAGCUGGCCUGGGGCUCCUGGUACGACCAUGUGAAAGGCUACUGGCAGGAGAGAGAGAAGAGGAACAUACUCUACCUGUUUUACGAGGACAUGAAAGAGAACCCUCGCAGGGAGGUGGAGCGCAUCAUGCGCUACCUGGAUCUGUCCCUUUCUGAUGAUGUCAUCCGCCGCAUCGUGGAGCUCACGUCUUUCAAGGCCAUGAAGGACAACCCCAUGGCCAACUACACCUUCAUCCCCAAGCCCGUGUUCGACCAGUCCAUCUCCCCCUUCAUGAGGAAAGGAGAGGUGGGGGACUGGACCAACCACUUCAGCCCAGAGCAGUCUCAACUGUUUGAUGAAGAUUAUGAGAGACAAAUGAAGGAAGCAAACAUCCCCUUCAGGGCCACGAUCUGACGGAGGGUCCUCUCUCGGUGUGAAAUCACAAUUCUUCUCCAAUACCAAAGACGGAGCUACGUGACAGAGCAGCUAGGAUCUCAACAUGUGAGCAAGCUGAGAUGUACUGCUUCACUGCUUUCAUAAAAUCUUUUUGGAAAUGUGUGCAAGAAUAAUCACAUGCUGUUUGUUGCUGCAAAGAGGUGCUUACUACCCAAACUGUCACUCUAAUAAAAGAAGCUUCUCGAAAAUAA